GGUUGUCUUAUAAUUGUUGUACUACGCUCAAUAUUCACCUUCGAGGCACGCAUUUACCUUACACCCUUAGCCUCCCUUGGAGCUCUACCAUACGCUACAUCUCGAACUUCCAUCAACCGCACGCUCGCCUUUCGCGUCCUUUGACUAUUAUUACCCUGGCCUAUUCUAAAAGUACCGAAGCAAUAUGCCAGGAACGAUCAUCGAAGGCGGUUGGAGGCGCUUGAGCGUGGCUGUCAUCGGCGGCGGAAUUGGAGGCCUAUCCGUAGCCAUUGCGCUACGUCGCGCAGGUCACGAUGUCACCAUCUAUGAGCGCAACGACUUCGCUGGAGAGGCUGGAGCAUCAGUUUCAUGUGCCGCAAAUGGUACUCGAUGGUUACACGAGUGGGGCGUCGAUGUCCAGAAGGGCGAUCCAGUCGUACUGAAGAAGCUUAUCAACCGCGACUGGAAAACUGGCGAUCCCGUCAGUGUUUACGAUCUCGACGAUUACGAAGAGCGAUGGGGCUACGUUUACAACAUGUUCCAUAGGCAAUACAUGCACAAGAUGCUUAUGGACUGUGCGCUACAAGAAGAGGGCGCUGGAGCUCCUGUGCAAUUGCUCGUGAACCACCCAUGCCAGAAUAUCGACCUCGAGUCUGGUGAGAUCACUUUCACCAACGGCAUAAAGGCCAAACAUGACUUGAUCGUUGGAGCCGAUGGUAUCGGAUCAGUAACGCGCAAGAUCAUCGGCCUGAACCCGGACAAGAAGCCUGCGGACUCUAGCUGCCUACAUGCCAACGUCUUGUCCAAGGAUGCACGGAAGCUCGGCCUUGUUGACUACUCUCUCAACAGCGCUCUAGAAUAUUGGGGCGGCCAGGAAGGCAAGUGGGAUAAGAUUGUCCUUUCACCGUGCAAUGGCGGCGAGCUUCUUUCGUACUACUGCUUCUUCCCUCGAUCAGUGGGCGACUACUCCAACCACACAUGGGGUGGUGCAGACCUUCCUGUGGAGGAGCUUACUGAAAAGUACCCAGAGCUUGAUGCUCAGGUCAAAGCCCACCUUGCCAUUGGUAUCGAAGUCCAGCCGUGGCGCCUAUGGGUCCAUCAGCCAUAUCCUUAUCUAGUCAAGAGUAAUGUUUGCUUGCUCGGUGAUGCUGGCCACCCGAUGAUGCCUCAUCAGAGUCAAGGUGCUUGCAUGGCCAUUGAAGAUGCCGCUGCGCUUGGAAUUCUGUUCAACAAGGACUACUUCAAGGGAGAUGUGAAAGAGUCUCUCGCUGUCUACGAGCAGAUCCGUCUGCCUCGUGUUACCAAAGUCCAAGCGUCCGCUGCAAAGGCGGCCUACAACAUCAAUGAACGCAUCGGUUUCUCAAGUAACACCAGCAUUAAAGGCUACAAGGUGGAGGACGAGUCGAACAAGCUUACCAUCGAGGAGAUGAACGGAUACGACAUGUACAAGGACAUCGACCAGGCUUUCGCCGAGCGACGAGGGGUGCCGUACACUGAUAGGUACACCAAGGGCCUGCCUUUUGGUCUCAAACUCUCGAAUGGUGUCACAGUGGGCGAGUAGGCAGCUCGGCUGUAGGGUCAUAAAACAUCAUCGUUUGUGUUUUCAUUUGGUUUGGGGAAGGCCAGUGAGCUGUCAUCGCGGCGUCUAUCUUGUUGGGGCUAUUGUCCGAUCGCGGUUGCAUGAAACCGAGCUUUGUAAUCUAGCGUUAGAGAACGUG